UCGUUUGUUGAAAAUCUGUUGACUGCUUUGCUUUAACCGUAACCGCUAAAGCGCGCUUUUCUCGUGGGUGGAAUAAACCUCGCGCACAUCGAUUUUGGCUUCAAAUCUGCUAAUGUCAGUGAUAUUCGGAAGAAAUCUGAAAUUUGAAAUUCGAAUUUGAAAUUGAGAUUCUCGGAAAAUACUUUGAUUCGAAGAGAGGCUUUACUUUUUGUGUUCCCCUCACCACCAGCUUGCUAUUUCACGUGAUUUAGGGAUUGAGAGUGAGUGGUGGUGUUUUCUCUCCUCCGACUACGAUGACUAGCCUCUUCAAGCAAUCUCCGGGAAGACGCCGGGGAAGCGAUUUGGAGUCCGGCAAAAGCGACAGCGCCGACUCCGAUAGCGACACCUUCUCCAUCCCCGCGAAGAAUGCUUCCGUCGAGCGGCUCCAACAGUGGAGAAAAGCUGCACUAGUGCUCAACGCUUCAAGGAGGUUCCGUUACACACUGGAUUUGAAGAAGGAGCAAGAGACGAGGGAGAUGAGACAGAAGAUCAGAGGCCACGCUCAUGCUCUUUUGGCUGCAAAUCGUUUCAUAGAUAUGGGGCGUGAGCAAGGGGUUGAAAAAUCAGUAGCUUCUGCUACUCCAGCUGGUGAUUUUGGAAUCGGACCUGAACAGCUUGUGUUGAUGUCGAAGGAUCAUAACGUUAGUUCUCUGAAGCAGUAUGGAGGGGCUCAAGGGUUGUCUGAGUUACUGAAGACAAAUGUAGAGAAAGGUAUCAGUGGGGAUGAUGAUGAUGAUUUGCUAAAUCGCAAGACCAUCUAUGGUUCAAACACGUACCCUCGCAAGAAAGGGAAAGGGUUUCUGAGGUUUCUUUGGGAUGCUUCCCAGGAUCUCACGUUGAUUAUUCUGAUGGUGGCUGCGGUAGCCUCUUUAGCUCUCGGGAUAAAAACGGAGGGUAUCAAAGAAGGAUGGUAUGAUGGAGGAAGCAUUGCAUUUGCAGUGAUUCUUGUGGUUGUUGUGACUGCUGUCAGUGACUACAAACAGUCCCUCCAGUUUCAGAACUUGAAUGAUGAAAAGAGAAACAUACAUCUGGAGGUUGUAAGAGGUGGAAGACGAGUGGAAGUGUCAAUAUAUGACCUUGUGGUUGGUGAUGUCAUACCCCUCAACAUUGGCAAUCAGGUCCCUGCAGAUGGAGUGCUGAUAGCUGGCCACUCUCUUGCCCUUGAUGAGUCUAGCAUGACUGGAGAGAGCAAAAUCGUUAACAAAGACGCUAACAAGGACCCAUUCCUAAUGUCUGGCUGUAAAGUGGCAGAUGGAAAUGGUGUUAUGUUGGUUACUGGAGUUGGAGUCAACACUGAAUGGGGAUUGCUGAUGGCCAGUAUUUCUGAAGACAAUGGUGAAGAAACUCCCUUGCAGGUGCGAUUAAAUGGGGUAGCUACGUUUAUCGGAUCCAUUGGGUUAUUUGUUGCUGCGUGUGUGCUAGUGAUUCUACUGGUUCGAUAUUUCACCGGUCACACUGAAGACGAAAGGGGAGGUCCUCAAUUUGUCAAAGGAAAGACAAAAAUCGGUCAUGUAGUUGAUGAUGUGAUCAAAGUUAUUACAGUAGCGGUCACGAUUGUCGUAGUGGCAGUGCCUGAGGGUCUUCCAUUGGCAGUUACUUUGACUCUUGCCUAUUCAAUGAGGAAAAUGAUGGCAGACAAGGCUUUGGUGCGGAGGCUAUCUGCUUGUGAGACAAUGGGCUCUGCCACCACUAUUUGCAGCGAUAAAACUGGAACACUAACUUUGAAUCAGAUGACAGUGGUUGAGUCUUAUGCGGGGGGAAAGAAAACAGAUACUCAACAAUUGCCAGCAACUAUCACUUCAUUAUGCGUUGAAGGAAUAGCUCAAAACACAACUGGUAGUAUUUACGUACCAGAGGGUGGCGGUGAUUUAGAGUUCUCUGGUUCACCAACGGAAAAGGCUAUUCUUGGCUGGGGAAUUAAGCUGGGCAUGAAUUUCGAGACAGCCAGAUCGCAGUCUUCUAUUCUUCAUGCUUUUCCGUUCAACUCUGAGAAGAAACGUGGUGGUGUUGCUGUAAAAACGGCUGAUGGUGAAGUUCAUGUUCACUGGAAAGGAGCUUCUGAAAUUGUCCUUGCAUCUUGCAGAAGCUUCAUCGAUGAGGAUGGUAAUGUGGCACCAAUGACUGAAGACAAGGCACAGUAUUUCAAGAAUGGUAUCGAAGAGAUGGCUGGAAGAACCUUACGAUGUGUCGCACUGGCCUUUAGACACUAUGAAGCUGAAAAGGUCCCAACAGGCGAAGAACUCUCAAAGUGGGUACUCCCAGAAGACGACCUUAUUUUGCUAGCUAUAGUAGGCAUAAAGGAUCCAUGUAGACCAGGAGUCAAAGAUUCAGUUCAAUUGUGUCAGAAUGCUGGUGUCAAGGUCCGUAUGGUCACUGGAGACAACGUCCAAACUGCGAGGGCUAUUGCUUUGGAGUGUGGAAUAUUAACCUCAGAUGCUGAUGCCUCCGAGCCUACUCUCAUUGAAGGAAAAUCAUUCCGCGCCUUGACUGAUGCAGAAAGGGACAAGAUUAGUGACAAAAUCUCGGUUAUGGGCCGAUCAUCUCCCAAUGACAAGCUUCUGCUGGUACAAUCUCUGAGAAGACGUGGGCAUGUUGUUGCUGUGACCGGAGAUGGGACAAAUGACGCUCCUGCACUGCACGAGGCCGAUAUUGGUCUUGCUAUGGGAAUAGCAGGAACAGAAGUGGCUAAGGAAAGUUCGGAUAUCAUCAUCUUGGAUGAUAACUUUGCUUCAGUUGUCAAGGUUGUUCGCUGGGGACGAUCAGUCUACGCCAACAUUCAGAAAUUCAUCCAGUUUCAGCUCACAGUCAAUGUUGCCGCUCUUGUCAUUAACGUUGUAGCUGCUAUCUCAAGUGGUGGCGUUCCACUUACCGCUGUGCAGCUUCUGUGGGUUAAUCUGAUUAUGGACACUCUCGGAGCAUUGGCUUUGGCUACCGAACCACCCACUGAUCACCUCAUGGGAAGGCCUCCCGUGGGCAGAAAGGAGCCUCUUAUUACCAACAUCAUGUGGAGGAACCUUUUGAUUCAGGCUAUCUAUCAAGUGAGCGUAUUGCUAGUUCUCAAUUUCCGAGGCAUAAGCAUACUUGGCCUCGAGCAUGAAGUUCCUACACAUGCCACCAGAGUGAAGAACACAAUAAUUUUCAACGCCUUUGUUAUCUGCCAAGCAUUCAACGAGUUCAAUGCUCGAAAACCAGACGAGAAGAACAUCUUCAAAGGCGUUAUCAAGAAUCGUCUCUUCAUGGGAAUAAUAGUCAUAACUCUCGUCCUCCAGGUUAUCAUUGUUGAGUUCCUCGGCAAAUUCGCUUCCACAACAAAACUUAACUGGCAACAAUGGCUAAUAUGUGUUGGCAUCGGUGUGAUCAGUUGGCCUCUUGCUCUGGUGGGGAAAUUCAUUCCGGUUUCAAAAACUCCUCUCAGCAACAAACUAAAAUGCUGGGGAAAGAAAAAAUCUUCUGGAGAAGGUUCACUCUGAUUUGGAUGCCGGUUUUAUGACAGACGCUACGCGAGAUUAAAGUACACUACUUCUAGGACUAACAAGAACAAAAACAACGUUUCGUUUGGUGUUAAUGAUGGGUUUUAUUGAUAUAUUUUGGAAACCCAAAAGUACAGUUUUUCGGGGUUUGUCUAUGCGGUCAAGUUUGGAUUUCAUGUUUUUUCGGUUAUUUACAAUAUUAUUGACUGACUGGUGAAGAUUUUAUAACCAUGAAAUAUGGAAACUCGUUAUUUUAUUA